AUGAAUCUGUCACAUAUAUCAAUCGAACUAUGUCCUAAACCUACACUACGUCCAACCGCUGUCUGUUUCUCACGCAAGCGUCAUUAUGUCGAUAUUGGUCACUUUUGGAUUGCAUUAGAUUCUCCACAUGAAUUUCAAAAUAAAUGUCGCACAUGUUCAUGUGUUUCUAAUGUUCAUAUGCCAAUUGAUUAUAUAUUAGAAUAUAGAGCUAUAAAUAAUCCAUCGAAUUAUCGUCUAAAUGAUAUAAAUGAUAUGCUGCAUCGAAUAUAUUUUGCAAGUGCUGAAUUUUCUCAUUUCCUUAUUCAUGGUGCUUGUUCUACGAAAGAUGAUCAAUUUAUGUUAGGUUUAAUGCAAAUGAUUCGUACAGAGAAAAAUAUUUGUGCAAAAAAAGAAUCUAAUCAAAUGAAUAUGCAAUUAAUCAGAGAAUUAGAAAAAGUUCAACAUGAAUAUGAACAACGAAUGCAUGAAGUAGCUUCGAAUCAAGAUCGAAAGACAUUGGCUAUUAUUUAUGAUCAAAUAAAGAUUAUUCGAAGUUAUUCAGAAAUACGCGAACAAAUGAUUGCUAUUGAACAAGGACAAAAAGAAAUUAUGAAACAACAUGAAGUUGUCUUAUAA